AUGGCCUCAACAAAUAAUUUACAGCAACAGCAAGUGAGGAGGGGCCAAUUCAACCAAGCAAAGUUGGCGAGCAGUACUAUUUUCAAAAAUUUGAGUAUGAUAAGUUUUAGGGUGGGAGUUAUAUUGUUGUUCUUGUAUCAAAUUUAUAACAUCUUGAUUGUUUUGAAUUUGCAUUACCACUUGGGGCUAACACAGGACUCCAGUCUAAAUUGGAUAUACCGAUACAUUCCUGACCUGUUGUUCCAGUAUGAUGCUGAGUUUUUCAACGACACCAAAUACAUGAAGACACCCGGGGCACAGGUUAUGGUCGGACCCACAAGUGACAUGUACUGGCCAAUCUUUUUAACAUUUUGUUUACUGUCGUUUAUUGAAACGUUUAUUGCGUCGAUCGAAGGUAAGAAACCUUAUACAGAGAGCGGGAUCACAAUAUUUGAACAUUCUUUAGCGUUUCAAGAGUUUAGCAGUAACGGGGCAUUUUUCUUUGGGAGUUCCAAGUAUUACAAGCGACCAACAGAGCAAGUCCUUCUCACCACGUUGUUUCUGAUCUUGAAUCAUUUGAACAUUCACAUUGGUGCUAUAAUUAAUGACAAUAAGUAUAGGUUAAUACCGCUGACAGUUUUUGGUAUGACGUUUUUGGGUUACUUCAUUAGCUCAUUUACCAAUGGCUGGGGCUUUUUGCAGUUCCCGCUUAUAUUGGUUUUGACUUUUACUCCCCAAGUGCUUAUAUUGUUUAUCAUAUUGAUCAGCUUGGCAAUCUUUUUGUUGGCCGUGGUUGUCAAUGGAUUCCGGUUACGAGGUCUCAAUUAUGCUAGUUUGUUUAUGCGUGAUUCUCGAAAUGAGUUGGAUGAGGAGGAUACAAAUCUGUUGAUAAAGAACUUGAAUAUCAACCUCAAUGAUGAUUUCUACACUGCAUUGUUAAAUGUGGGAAUUUUGGCAAUCACACUGGCGGGGAGGUCAAGCUAUAUUACCGAAUUAAGUCUAGUUAAUCUAGAGGAUGAAACUUGGGUAGAUAGAAGCAUUUGGGAGAGAUUAAAGUGGGCAGGCCACUCUUCUCGAAAUGGAACAUCGCGGGGUGUUGUCCAGUACUUGCAGGAAAACCAACUCGUUGGUUAUGGUAAUGUCAUAGCUAAACCCACACAAAGGUUAAUUUCAGGAAACUAUUUGGGCGAUUACGAGAGCAGCAACAUUGGUGGAAGGACCAGCGUUUUGAAGAAAAGAACUUUGUAUUUGAAGGAUAUGAUCGUGUACACUUGGCAAUUAUUGUACGGUUUGGUGGUUGAUAGCUUUAUUUUGGAAUACAUACCAAACUUGUUCAAAAAGGUUGUUUUGGGUAAGAAGAUCGAGAAACGGCCAUACUGGGAAGAAGAGACCGAAGACGAGUUUGAAAAGAGAAAGUUAAAGACCCCGCCAUUUUUACGAAAAUACGUGACAAGACGAGUUAGUCGUAAGAAAAAAGACUUGGUUAAUAUCGACUCCUUUACGCAAGAUGAGGUUUCCCAGUCGUACGCUAAGAUAUUACUAUCAACCAACGACAUUUCCGAAGUGGAUAAUUCUGGUGAUUACAAUGAGGUUAUAGAGGAGGAGACUGAUUUGGAAUAUGAUUCUGAUGUGGAUGAAGUUGUUUUCACUCCGGGAACUGUGGCAUCUCGAAACCCUACAUUUGCACAAAAACAAGCUAUAUUACCAAUACAUGAACUUUUUGAUGGCAAGGAAUUACACGAUGUGCUUGUGUCAUCCAACACGACAUACUUGGAUAUAUUACAGAAACACAUGCAGUAUGGAGAAGAGAACGGAAGAUUGACCAGAUCCAAGUAUCAAUCAUUAGCAUUCCUGCCACUGCUGCUGUUUCAGUCAACCGAUAAAUUUUUAGGGAGAACUGAAGAGGAUAGUGAAACUGCUAGAUUAUUGGAUAUAUUAAUUUCAAAGAGGCUUGAAAAGGGCGAGCAAAGUAGUCGCGACGACGACAGUGCCAGAUCCUUGGACUGUGUGAUCUGCCAGACAAAUGUUCGAGAAAUCAUUACUUGGCCAUGUAAAUGCUUUGCUAUUUGUGAGAGCUGUAGAUUGAGUUUAGUUAGUAAAGGAAUUGAAGGAUGUGUGUGUUGCAGAAGAGAAGUUGAAGGUGUGUCGAAAAUUUUUAUUCCAUAA